AUGUCGAAUCGGGAUCUAGACCAGUUAAGAAAUUGCCUUGAUAGACUUAAAAUAAAGGAAAAUAUUCCGACGGCACUGAAUGAAAUAAAAAGCAUUUUAGCUUACAAACCAGCCGCCGAAGCUGCCCCAACAAUUAGGAACGUCGGGAUUUCAAAAAUCCUAUUUUGCAUCAACAAAACCACCAAAAGUGAAGCUGAACUUGCUUGUGAUGUCUUAAAGAUAUGUUUUGAUAAAUUUGAACCUGGUGAAGCUAUUAGGUCUUAUAUCAGUCACUUCAUGUAUUUAUUGCGCCAUGAAAGAGACUGUGUUCGAAGAUUGGCGGUGGAUGAGGUCUAUAAGGCUAUAACAUCAAAUGUUAAUGCACUUCCAUUGCCACAAUACAUAGAUGUGUUUGUGGCUGUUGCUCAAAUGAUCUGUGAUGUUGAUAUUGGCAUAGCCAAUAAAGCAGUAUUGAUAACCAGCAAUUUGCCGACGGAAGCUUAUCCAAAAGUUUUGGAGGAAAUGAAAAUCGCUCUGGAUUGCAACAAUAGUGCCAAAUGUAAUGCUUAUGAGGUAGUUAUGAACAUAUCCUCUAAGUCAUAUGAUUUAUUCCAACUGUGUGCUCAAGAAAGAUAUAUAGAUUUCAUGGUAAAUGAGCUCAACUCGGACGAUAUCUUGUAUCAACUGAAUAUUCUAGAACUUUUGUCACAAUUAGCAGUAAAACCUCAUGGCAUAAACUAUCUUGUUAAACAAGGGAUGCUACAAAAAAUUGCUGAUCAAGUCAAAGAGUUGCAUAGCAAUCCAUUUGGAUCACUUUUAACUCCAGGUUAUAUGAAAUUUUUUGGUUACAUUGCUUACCAUUAUCCAAAAGAAAUUUUUGGCAAAUAUCCAAUCUUAUUGGAAACACUCUUUGAAGCUUUGGAUUCUGACGAUUCCAAUCUUUUGCCUGUUGCUAUUGAUACACUUGGCUUCAUUGGAACCACAAUUGAAGGGAAGAUGUGUUUAGCUACAUUAGGUAGCAAAUAUACUCAGAAUAUUGAAAGAUUGGGUGCCAUUAUAAGAAAUAGCCCUUCUGAAUUAAGGAUUCGCGCCCUGCGUUGUAUGGGUAAUCUGAUAAGUGUGGAUAAAGAUCCAAACUCAAAAGUUGAAUCUGUAGAUCAGAGAAUAACCUUGAUGACGCGCGAAUGGUUUAGGAUUUUGAGUAAGCAGCCGUCAUCUAUGGAAGUGUUAUAUGGUAUUUGUAAGAAUCCAUUCCCUGAUAUAAAGUUGGCUGGAUUGAUUUUACUUGAUGCCACUUGUCAACACCAGUGGGGUGAGGAAUUGGUAUCAAGGGUAGCAGGUUUUAUUGAGUAUCUAUUGGAUCGCACAACAGAUUUUAAUAAGGAAUGCAAUGAAGCCAAAUAUGAUAUAAUAAAGAGGUUGGCUUCAUCUACAGCAUUUGAUAAAGCAAUUAUCAUUCGGCUCCAAAAAUAUGUUGAACUUGGACCGUUCUACUCUGAAACUACUUUGGAAGUUGCCAUGGAUGGCGAAUAA